UAACCUACUCUACAGUCUUUAACCUACUCUACAGUCUUUAACGUCCAAUUUAGUCCUGGAGACAUCGCAAGGAUCAACACAAAAAUAAACUUGUUGGAUCGUACCGUUUGUUUGCCCGAGGAGUGAGUAUUAUGAUCAUCAUCUAAACGGGGAACACAAGUUUUGUGCUGAAAGAUAUAAACGUCCCAUCAGCAGGCAUUGUACAGCUGGGGUGUGACUUCCCUGGAGUUGGAUGUAUUGAACACUGUGGUAGAGUUGAAUUAUGUUAGAAACAGGACGUCAGAAAACUACUUAGAUAAAACGAAAAAGGUAAGUAAAAAAAGAUGUUCUUAAGAAGCUUUUACCACUGGUGUCCCUCAAGGCUCUGUUUUGGAUCCUCCUCAUUUACAUUCUUACUCUUACGUUAUUACCUUUUUUUAACUUCAAUGUAACUUUGUAAACCGUAUUUAGGUUUUACGCUUUUACCACUGGUGUCCCUCAAGGCUCUGGUUUGGAUCCACUUAAUAAUUUCAAUUGCAUACCUUUUUUUAACUUCAAUGUAACUUUGUAAACCGUAUUUAGGUUUUACACUUUUACCACUGGUGUCCCUCAAGGCUCUGUUUUGGAUCCACUUAAUACUUUCAAUUGCAUACCUUUUUUUAACUUCAAUGUAACUUUGUAAACCGUAUUUAGGUUUUACACUUUUACCACUGGUGUCCCUCAAGGCUCUGUUUUGGAUCCACUUAAUAAUUUCAAUUGCAUACCUUUUUUUUUUUUUAACUUUGUUUAGCAUUUAAAACUAGUUGUCAUGACCAGAGUUUAAACAAUGGCUGCACAUGUGCAGGACAAGAUGAAGGAUGAAGAUUUGGACAAAAAAGAGCAGGUCUUCAGUCUAACUACCAACGGGACAGACCAUGGCGUCCACCGCGGAACUCUGGGUUCGGAGCACAAAGUCAAGCCGUCGCUGUUUGGGAAGUACCAGCAGAGCGUCCAGACUCUCAAACCUCUCCGCUGGACUUCAUCCCAGCCACACCCCAUGGACAACGCCGGCUUCCUCUCCUUCACGUCCUUCGGGUGGAUGUCGUCCAUGAUGUGGGCCAUGUUCCGGAAGAGGCUGGACGUGAGCUCUCUCCACCUGUCUCCUUUGGACGAAGCCGGGCACAGCACGGAAAGGCUCCAAAGACUCUGGGAGGAGGAAGUGGCCGAGUCGGGUCUGGAGGAUGCCUCGUUGGUGCGGGUCAUUCUUCGCUUCCAAAGAACCAGACUGGUGGUCUCCGUCUUUGUUGGGGUCCUCGCCAUGGUGGCCGCGUUCCUGGGUCCGGCCGUCAUGGUCUACCUGCUCCUGGACUACGUGGACGAUCCGUCCAAGUCCAGCCGUCUGCACGGCAUCAGUCUGUGUGUGGCCUUGUUCACCUCCGAGUUCUUCAAGGGCUUCCUCAUCUCGCUGCUCUGGGCCCUCAACCUGCGCACCGCCGUCCGCCUGAAGGGAGCCUUCAGCUCGCUGGGCUACCAGAAGAUCAUCUCGCUGCGGGUGCCCGGCGCCGUCUCCACGGGAGAGAUCAUUAACGUGCUGACUAACGACGGCCACCGGCUGUUUGAGGCGGUUCUGUUUGGGAGUUUCGUCAUCUCCUCCCCGGUUCUGUUCCUGGUCUGCAUCAUCUACGCUUGUUACAUCCUGGGUCUGACGGCUCUGACCGGGGUGGGCACCUACCUGGUCUUCAUCCCCGUGCAGGUGAUCCUGGCCAAGAUGAUCAACAAGUUCCGAGUGAAGGCCAUCCAGAUGACGGACAGCCGAGUGCGGACCAUGAAUGAGAUCCUGAGCAGCAUCAAGCUCAUCAAGAUGUACGCCUGGGAGGACUGCUUCCUGGACAAGGUCUCAGAGCUGAGGGAGAGGGAGAAGAAACAUCUGCGGUUGUCAAGUUACAUCCAGAACAUCAACACCAGCAUCACCAGCAUCAUACCCACCAUUGCCACCGUGCUCACCUUCAUGGUGCACACCUUGCUGGGACUAGACCUGCACACCACUGAAGCCUUCACCACCAUCGCCAUCUUCAACGCCAUGCGCUUCUGCCUGGCUCUGAUGCCCAUGUCCGUCAAGACCCUGGCCGAGGCCACCGUGUCCAUCUCGCGUCUCAAGAAGAUACUGCUGAUCCAGAACCCAGACCCCUACUUGGUGCAAAGGACGGCCAGUGACUCGGCCAUCGUGAUUGACAACGCCACCUUGUCCUGGAACAAGCCAGGCGGCCGCAGCGCCCCCCAGGCCACCGUGGCCAAUGGCGGUAGUGCGCCCGGCGAGGGCGGCGUGGGACACCAGGCAAGUGAGGUGUCCCAGGAUGGAGAACGUGACCUUCUGCCAACUUUGAGGAACAUUUCCUUCACACUCCCUAAGGUGAGCGAUGGAGAACGUGACGUUCUGCCAACUUUGAGGAACAUUUCCUUCACACUCCCUAAGGUGAGGAACAUUUCCUUCACACUCCCUAAGGGCAACUUGCUGGGCGUGUGUGGCAAUGUGGCCAGCGGGAAGACUUCGCUGAUUGCAGCCAUUUUGGAGCAGAUGCAUCUUGUCCAGGGCUCGGUCGCAGCCGACGGGACGUUUGCUUACGUCUCCCAGCAGGCUUGGAUCUUCCAUGGCAGCGUUCAAGACAACAUCCUGAUGGGAAGAUCUCUGGACAAGACCAAGUAUGAAAGCGUCUUGGACGUGUGCAGCCUCAGAGCGGACCUGAAAAUUCUCCCACACGGCGACCAGACUGAGAUUGGCGAGCGUGGCCUCAACCUGUCGGGGGGUCAGAAGCAGAGGAUCAGUCUGGCACGAGCAGUCUACUCCGACAAGGACAUCUUCCUGCUGGACGACCCGCUCUCUGCCGUGGACGCCCACGUGGGGAAACACAUCUUUGAAGAGUGCAUCAAGCGCCGCCUGCGGGGGAAGUCCAUCUUACUGGUCACACACCAGCUGCAGUAUUUGGAGUUCUGCGACCAGGUCCUGGUUCUGGACAACGGCGCGGUCCUGGAGUCGGGGAACCAUCCCAGCCUCAUGAAGGCCAAGGGACGCUACGCUCAGCUCAUCAGCGGCUACCAGGCGGACCAGUCCAAGACAGAAGAGGAGGAAGCUCCGCCCCCAAACACCGUGCACGAGACAGUGGGGGCGGAGCUGAGGGAUCGUUCAAACAGCGGCAUUGUCAACCAAGCCUUUGACAUGGCGGACGAAGACGUGGCGGGAGUUGUCACCAACACUAAAUCUGAGGAUGCUGACCAGCUGGUCUCCCAGGAGACCUCCUCAGAAGGGUCCGUCUCCUGGAGAACAUACCGCAGUUACUGCAAGGCGGCGGGGGGUUACAUCAUCACUUUUCUCACCUUCCUGAACGUGGUUCUGAUGAUCGGGUCUACAGCCUUCUGCAACUGGUGGCUCAGUUACUGGCUGGGCCAAGGGGACGGGUCAGGCAACAAGACCGCAUCAGACCGGGGAGACAUCUCCGAGAACCCGGACUUGCACUUCUACCAGCUGGUCUACGGCAUGAUGGUGGUCGUCAUGGUGACGCUGGCCCUCGUCAAGUGCUUCAUCUACACGCACGUCACCAUGAACGCCGCCUGCACCUUCCACGACACCAUGUUGAAGAAGAUCAUGGCCAGCCCCAUGAGCUUCUUCGACACCACGCCCACGGGACGCGUCCUCAACCGCUUCUCCAAGGACCAGGACGAGGUGGACAGCGUGCUGCCGCUCCACAUGGACCCCUUCCUGCAGUUCGCCCUGCUGGUGGCCUGCACCGUGGUCGUCAUCUCCGUCGUCUUCCCCGCCAUGCUGCUCGCCGUGGUGGUCACGGGGCUCCUGUUCGCCCUCAUGCUCUUCAUCUCCCAGAAGAGCAUUCGCCAGAUGAAGAAGAUGGAGAACGUCAGCCGCUCGCCGUGCAUCUCCCUCACCACCUCCACCCUGCAGGGCCUCAGCACCAUCCACGCCUUCGCCAUGAGGGACAAGCACAUCCAGCUCUUCAAGUCCCUGAACGACGUCAACUCCAACCACUUCCUGCUCUUCGUCUCGGGGACACGCUGGCUGGCCUUCAGGCUGGACGUCAUGGCGGCGUCCCUCACCCUGCUGGUCUCGCUCUUCGCCGUCCUCAGCAGCAACCAGCACAUCAGUCCCGCCUUGAAGGGCCUGGCCCUGUCCUACACCAUCCAGCUGACAGGCAUGCUGCAGUACGUGGUGAGGCAGGCCACGGAGGUGGAGGCCAGGUUCAACUCUGUGGAGCGUCUGCAGGAGUACAUCACGGGUUGUACGUCCGAGGCCCCCAGACACCUCCAGGACUCUGAGGUCCCGGGGGACUGGCCCAAGAACGGGGCCAUCUCCUUCCAGGACUACCAGAUGAGGUACCGGCACAACACGCCCGUGGUCCUCCACGGGCUGGACUUCCUGGUGCGAGCCGGAGAGAAGCUGGGCAUCGUGGGAAGGACGGGUUCUGGGAAGUCCUCCUUAGGCGUGUCCCUGUUCAGGCUGGUGGAGCCGGCAGCAGGACGCAUCCUGAUCGACGGAGUGGACAUCUCCCGCGUGGGCCUGCAGGAUCUACGCAGCAAACUGUCCAUCAUCCCUCAGGACCCCGUGCUCUUCAUCGGCACCGUCAGGUACAACCUGGACCCCUUCGGCACGCGCAGCGACCAGGACCUGUGGACGGCCCUGGAGAGGACCUACAUGAAGGACAUGAUCUCCAGACUGGACGGACAGCUUGAGGCGCAGGUGUGUGAGAACGGGGAGAACUUCUCAGUGGGCGAGCGACAGUUGAUGUGCAUGGCCCGAGCACUGCUGCGCAACUCCAAGAUCAUUCUCCUGGACGAGGCCACAGCUUCCAUCGACGCUCAGACGGACGCUCUGAUCCAGACCACCAUCAGAGACGCCUUCAGGGACUGCACCGUGCUCACCAUCGCACACCGCAUCAACACUGUCAUGCAGGCACACCGCAUCCUGGUCAUGGACCACGGCAAGGUGGCAGAGUUGGACAGUCCAGAUGUUCUGUCCAGAAGGCAAGACUCCCUCUUCUCUUCACUGCUGGCGGCCGCAAACACUGUCAGCCAAUCAGACGCACUUUGACCUGCACGUGCACUUUGACCUGCACCUGCACGUGCACUGUGACGUGGAGACUCUCAUUUGACUGCUGCUUGUGGGCCACAACAUUAGGGACAGUGAGUGGGCGGUGCUCGUGCAGGGGUGUCCAAACUUUUUCCACUGAGGGCCACACACUAAAAAUCAAAUCUUAUAUUUGUCAUUUUCAAAAGCAAUACAAUAUAUAUACUUUUUUUUUAAAUUACUUUUACGGCUCCCCUCUUGAGUUUUGGUGCCAGGGAUCUGGAAGGGUGUCAGUCAUGGAAAUGUUCAAAUAAGUCAUUUAUUUAUAUAUAUAUAUAUAUAUA